UUAAAUAAUAAAAAUAAAAUUUUUUUAAUAUCCAUUAGAUUUUUAUAAAAUAUUCAAAUUUGAACCCAAUAUGGCAAUAUAUUCCUAAAACAUGUUUUUUACAUAAAAUAUUCCUUUUUAUGCGUCGAAUAUAAAAUUCGAUAUAGGUAUUAUGGAAAAAAUAAAAUAAAUAUUCUGUCAUCAAUAUUAUUAUUUUCGUGCAGACUAUUUAUAAACAGCGAGUUAUCGCCUAUCGGCCCGGCCGGUAACGAUAUGAAAUCCGGUUUUGGUCAUGGUGCGGUAUGGUUACAGUCGAGCGCGGGGUGGUGGUAUGAACAUUGAGCCCCGUGACAAAUUUGUCAUGAUGAACACUAUUUUUGAACGCUGCCGCUACAGUCAGCGCAGCAGCACAUUAAUAUGAUGGCCGUAAAUCGUAAUAUUUCUCUUACCAAAAACCGAUGCCCUUAUCUCAUAAUUAAAUCAUUAUUACUGUUCUAUUUAUAAGUGCAGUUUUGGUUUUUACAUAAAAAAGAUAAGUGACGCUAUAGAUUAUUAUAAAUGUUUAGUUCUAACAUUAUAACCAUUAACCAUACAUUAUUGAAUGUGGGACGUAGGAGAAUUAUUGUGAUAGUAUCUAAUUUGUGUUUGUGUAGAAUGUCAGGUGGCUAAUUCUAACUAUGACGUCUGAUUGUCUUAUUUAUUAAUAUUAAUAAUAAAUUAAAAAGUUAAGUUGAGAAGUUGAUUGCCAUAUCCGUUGCUUACCUACCUAUUGUUGCUGUGUCUGUUGCCUGAUUCAAUUAUAUAAUUAAUACAAUUUAAAUUAAUUUCAUCAAACGAUCGAACUACCAUUGAAAUAUUGUUUAAGCUUGCAAUGGAUACAUAACAGUACAAUUGUAUAGAAAUUGUUUAUAUUUUUUUUCCGCGAGCAUGGAUUCUUAUAAUGUUGUUGGUGUGCUAGGACGUGGAGCUUUUGGAGUUGUUGAACUGGUUAGAGACUUUAAUUUAAAGAAAUUAGCUGUUAUGAAAACCAUAUACAUAAAAUCCAUGUCAACAGAGAACGUUAAGGAAGCUAUCAAAGAAAUUCAAAUUCUUCAAAUGUUAAAUCAUCCAAAUAUCAUCAGAUAUUAUAAUAGUUUUCAAAAUAAACAAAGUUUCCAUAUCAUUAUGGAGUAUGCCAUACACGGAACUCUUGAAAACUUUGUUAAUAAAUGUUCACAAACUUCAAAUUAUAUUGCCCAAGAUUGUGUAUUAAAUAUACUUAGUCAAGUUACAAUGGCAGUGGAUUACAUACACAAAAUGAAGAUUAUACAUAGUGAUAUUAAUCCAAUGAAUAUAUUAUUAACAGGAAAUCAAGGUACAGUUGUAAAACUCGGAGAUUUUGGCUCUUCUCGCAUAUUAACCAGUGACAAAAUUGUUGGUGAAAAUUGUUGUACGCCAUGUUACAUGUCUCCAGAGCAAUGUUUUGGGAAACCUCUGAGAUUAAAAAGUGACAUAUGGCAAAUUGGUUGUGUCUUAUACUAUUUGAUUACUACAAAACAUCCCUUUGUUGCGAAGAGUUUAGCAGAUACUAUAUCAAGCAUUGUAGAAGGAGUUUUUAGCAUUUCAGAAAAAAUGAACUUUUACGACAGUGAUGUGAUAAUGCUUUUGCAUGAGUUAUUGAGUCGUGAUCCGACAGUUCGACCUAAUGCAUCUGCUAUACUUUCAAAUCCAUAUAUAUUACCCUAUGUGUUGAACAGCAAUUGUCACUGGUUUAAAUCUGGUAGGAAAGCCUCGAACCAAAACUAUUAAAUGUAUCAAUUGAAAUAAUUUUUUUUUUGUUAUUUAAGUAUAUAAAUAAGUAAGAACAAAUUUUAAUUAUUAUUAUUCUGUUAAAAUGAUUUUUUUUUAUGACGUAGUUGAAAAGCUAAUAUUUAAAAAUUGAAGUUCGAUUUAUUAAAUUUUAAAUUUUACUUCAAUUAAAAAAGUCUUGUGACAUUAAUGUGUACAAAAUGCAAUGUGCAAUAUUAAAUAUAUUUUUCUGUAAUUUUGUGUUUAUUGAUAAUUUAAAUAAAUUAGAAACAAUGUUUAUUAUCUACAAUCUAUAAAAAUAUACACUUAUUCAAGUAAUACAUGAUGUA